UCAAGCCGCUUUUACUAGCAAGAUGGCUGCGUAGUCGGCGAGUACCACCUGUGAUAAAAUCAUUGUUUUGGUAGCCAGAGGAUUUCUUUUUGUGAUAAGUCGGCGAUUCAUUUGCACUUGGCAGACUUUAACUUCAGACAUUUAGAUAGAAAUUGGCAUACAGUUGACAUAAAAUGAAGUCGGACGUGGAAGAGUUGAUGCCGAGGCUGCUUCCCGUUGAGUUUGGAACCAGUACCGAGGCCCUGGACCUGAACGGUCCCCCGAGAAACCCCCGGGAAUACCUCCGACAAGUCCAGUUGGAGGCAUCACUGUGUCCAGAGGUGGUGGUUGCUCACAUUGACCCCAAGAAACUGAAGAAGAAACAAACUGUUAAUGCCUCUGUGGCAGGUUGCCAUGCUGCUCCAGUGGGUUUCUCCCCCAGUCUCAGUUGGCAGCAGCAGCAAGUCAGUAACUUCUCAGAUAUCAGACAGAGCAUCGCAAAGAACAGGAAACACUGGAGCAACCAGACUCUGGAUGAUAACGUGCAGAUGCCAAAGCUAACAGAUGAAGACGGCUGGAAAAGAUUUUGUUUAGGAGAGGCGGUCUAUCUGGGCACCUUGUCCUGCCAAACAGAUGCUCAAGCAGAGCCAGCGCUGGACUAUAGCAAGGUGGGCUUCCCUCCCUUUCUAAGCAUAGUCAGCAGACUGAACCAGUCCACAGUGCUGAUGCUGCUGGAAAUUCUAAUCUGUUGGUUUGAGGAACACGGGUUUGUUCCACAGUUGGGUUGCUGGUUGUAUUCUUUGUUGGCCUGCCUGGAGAAGCCUCUGCUGCCUGAAGCUCACUCCUCCAUCAGACAGCUGGCCAGGAGAUGUGCUCAACUCCGCAGUACACUGGAGAGUCAGGAGGAUGAGCAACUGCCUGCCCUCAACCUGCUCAUCUGUCUUGUUGCCAGAUACUUUGAGCAGAAUGACCUGGCAGACCAGCCGGAGCCAACAGAGGGUUGAACUGUAGUGACCUAUCAACAAGACAUUGAAGAAAAUGUUGAGUCCUCUCAGUGAUGCAGCAUUCGAUCUCUACAGUUAAUAAGAAACCUUUGGAAUUUGAAGAUGGAGACUCUCCAAACAAGUACAAUCAGUGAAGAGAACUUAACAUUUUCAAGGAUGCAACACUACACACGGCCAUGCAGAGGGCUGUGGGGGUUCUGAGUGUGUUGCAAUGAAAGUUGACGGAACCAAAAGGGACUGGAUAAUGACCACAAAACCUGUAUUAUUUCAAGUAACUUGCUGAUGUGAAUGGACCUGCUGAUAUGGGACAGAAGCCAGAGCAGCCUGAUUUGCAUUUGAUAAGUGGUACAUGUUCUUUGUGAAUUUAGCCCUGACAUUCAUAGACAAAAUGCAAGAUUUGUCUAUUAAACUGUUUAUUUGUAGUAUAA